AUGACGCGUCGCUACCUGUUUCCCGCACUGGCGGUUUCGUUCGUGUCGAUGGUGCUGCUGGUGCUCGUCACCAUCAGCACGCCCACGACACUCUCGGACAGCACGCCGUUUGAUUUCGUGCGUUCCUCGCGUCUCGACGGCAUCGUCGAUCUUAGCCCGGGUAGCAACGAUAAGCGUCCGCUUGGCGCACUCAAGUUCGGCACCUGGGGCUACUGCUCCGCUCUGAACGGCACCGACAACUACGCCUGCUUCAAACACUCCCACGGCUACAGCGCCACAUUCGGCAUCAAUCCAAACACUACCGCUACGGCGGCACGCGAUUCGGUCACCAUCGGCGCCUCCUGGACCCGAGGACUCGCUGUUCACGUCGUGGCUUUCGUCGCUGCUAUUGCUGGCCUCGUCCUGACGGCUAUCCCCAAGCAGCCAGUUCGUCUUGCUGCGACGGUGGUCAAUGCGGUAGCCGCACUGCUGGCAUUGAUCGCGUUCUGCAUCGACAUUGCGCUGUUCGUCUACGUCCAGAAGCAGAUGAAGAAGGUCGCCGACUCGCCCAAGAGCAUGCCCGGUCCUGCAUUCUACAUGGCUCUCAUCGCUAUCCCCAUCGCCAUCAUCGCCACCGCGCUGACGUUCCUCAACUGGAGAUCCGAAGGCCUCGACAAGGUCGUCACCUCCGGCUACGAUUACCCCGCCCAGACCGAGUGGAACUCGCACCAGAUGCAACCCACCACCACCUCCACCGAACACACCCAGGGCGCCUCCUCCGCCAGCGCCCAAAAGGUCCUCGACGCCUACGAGGAGAGCAAGAACUAA